CAUGACAUUUGUAUAUUUACAUAUGUAUAUUUAAAAAUUUUACAUUUGACUUAAAGUGCCAUGAGAAAACUUGCAUAUUGCAAGGUGGUUCUCAACACCUCCUUGGUUUGGGUACUCUUGGAUAUGUUCCUGCUGCUUUACUCCAGUGAGUGCAACAAGUGUGAUGAGAAGAAGGAGGGGGACUUCCUGCGGGGACGAAACUUGUCAAAGCUGAGCAUGGUGUCUGGAAAGCCUCAAGAAGGUCCUGGAGAAAUGGGAAAACCAGUUGUCAUUCCUAAAGAGGAUCAAGAAAAGAUGAAAGAGAUGUUUAAAAUCAAUCAGUUCAACUUAAUGGCAAGUGAGAAGAUUGCACUCAACAGAUCUUUACCAGAUGUGAGGUUAGAGGGGUGUAAAAUAAAGGUGUAUCCACAUAAUCUUCCUACAACAAGCAUGGUGAUUGUUUUCCACAAUGAGGCAUGGAGCACACUUCUUUGAACAGUCCAUAGUGUCAUUAAUCACUCCCCAAGACACAUGAUAGAAGAGAUUGUUCUUUUAGAUGAUGCCAGGAAAAGAGACUUUUUGAAAAGACCUCCAGAGAGUUAUGUGAAAAAACUCAAGGUGCCAGUUCAUGUAAUUCGAAUGGAACAACGUUCUGGGCUGAUCAGAGCUAGAUUAAAAGGAGCUGCUGUGUCCAAAGGCCAAGUGAUCACCUUCUUGGAUGCACACUGUGAGUGUACGGCAGGGUGGUUGGAGCCUUUCUUAGCCAGGAUCAAACACAGGAGAACCUCGGUGUGUCCUAUCAUUGAUGUGAUCAGCGAUGAUACUUUCGAGUAUGUGGUAGGUGCGACAAUGACCUAUGGUGGAUUCAACUGGAAGCUCAAUUUUCAUUGGUGUCCUGUUUCCCAGAGAAAAAUGGACAGAAGGAAAGGUGACCGGACUCUUCCUGUCAGAACACGUACAAUGGCUGGUGGCCUUUUUUCAAUAGACAGAGAUUACUUUCAGGAAAUUGGAACAUAUGAUGCUGGCAUGGAUAUUUGGGGAGGAGAAAACCUAGAAAUUUCCUUUAGGAUUUGGCAGUGUGGAGGAACUUUGGAAAUUGUGACUUGUUCCCAUGUUGGUCAUGUGUUUCAGAAAGCUACACCUUACAUGUUUCCAGGAGGGACAGGGCAGAUUAUCAAUAAACAUAACAGACAGCUUGCAGAAAUAUGGAUGGAUGAAUUCAAGAAUUUCUUCUACAUAAUUUCUCCAGGUGUUACAAAGGUGGAUUAUGGAGAUAUAUCAUCAAGACUUGGUCUGAGACAUAAACUACAAUGCAAACCUUUCUCUUGGUACCUAGAAAAUAUUUACCAUGAUUCUCAAAUUCCAUGUCACUAUUUCUCAUUGGGAGAGAUAGGAAAUGUGGAAACAAAUCAAUGUCUAGAUAACUUGGCUAGAAAAGACAAUGGAAAGGUUGGAAUUUUCAGUUGCCAUGGUAUGGGAGGAAAGCAGGUUUUCUCCUAUACUGACAACAAAGAAAUUAGAACAGAUGACCUUUGUUUGGGCGUUUCCAAACUUAAUGGCCCAGUCACCAUGAUCAAGCACCACCAUCUAAAAGGCAACAAGCUCUGGGAGUAUGACCCAGUGAAAUUAACCCUGCAGCAUGUGAACAGUAACCAGUGCCUGGAUAAAGCCACAGAAGAGGACAGCCAAGUUCCCAGCAUUAGAGACUGUACUGGAAGCAGGUCCCAGCGGUAGCUUCUUCGAAAUGUCACCCUUCCAGAAAUAUUCUGAGACCAAAUUUACAACAACAAUGAAA